UCACACGGCAAGACAUGCACAAUAACACAAACACUCGCAAGUUGCAUAGAAGCUUCUGAGUUCCAUCUACAAACAGCACUACAACGAGCAGAUUUAUCAACAUACAUAAUGGGUAUUGGUGUCAAAAUAGCACAAGCUUUAUUGGUUGCGUUCAAUUUAGUCUUUGUGCUGAUUGGCCUAGCAGGCAUAGUUGUUGGUGCCAUUAUUCGCCUGAAGUAUGAUGACUAUGAGGAGCUUUCAUCACACAAUGUUGGAGGAGUCUCGAUUUUGUUGAUUGCCCUUGGUGGAAUCAUAUUCAUUGUGUCUUUCUUUGGAUGCUGUGGGGCGAUACGAAAAAGUGUCAUUAUGCUUACCAUUUUUGUGGUAUUGCUGGUGAUAUUACUUGUCAUUGAAAUUGCUGCUGCAAUCACAGCAUAUGUCUACAAAGACAAGAUGAAAGGUUAUCUUGAAGAUGGAUUUAAUGAUGCAUUGGAUAAUUAUAAUAAUUCGGACUACCGAAAAGCUCUUGACACAGUACAGAAAGAUUUUGAUUGCUGUGGCGGGACUGAUGGUCCUGCAAGCUAUACAAGCAGAAACAUUACCAUCCCAUCUUCCUGCUGCGCUAAAUUGAAAAAUGGAACUUCAUGUAAUGAACAUAAUGCUUAUAAAAAGGGUUGUGUUGAUAAAUUGUUUGACUAUCUUGAACAUCAUUUGGCAAUUGUUGGUGGUCUUGCUGUUGGUGUUGCUGUUAUUCAGGUUAUUGGUAUCAUCUUUGCUUGCGUUGUUCGUCGUGAUGUCAAGGAAGGCUAUAACUAUGUGUAAUUUUAGUGUUAAAGAAUUGCUGUGAAAUUAUUAUUCCUUAAAGCACAAUAUAUAUAUACAACAAAUGCAUAUAUAAUAUGUACAUAAU